AUGUGCAUCUUCAAGAACAUCCAAUGGUCCAUUGCUCAACUAGAGCGUGCGCUGAGGGAUGCGACGGUGGACCUGAGAUCCACGUCACUCAUCGACAGUCAGAAUGGGUCCCGAGAUCAGAAGCUGGAGUGCCCGGGGGAGGGGAGUGGAGGUGGACACCGCCCAGAAGUACACGACAGCAGAAUGCCCGCGUGGAUUCCUAUGUGGCGCACGGGCGCGUGUGCAUACACCGAACGCGUGUCGGCCUCUGCACAGUUGGAGGUUGCGGGAGGGAGCUGCGUCGAGUUAAGAAAUGGUCGGACCAGAGCACGGAAUCAGCUUCCGGCGAUCGUUCGAUUUGACAGUCGCGAGUGGAUGAAGAUUGGAGGGCAGCAGAGGCGUCCAGCGAGACUGUGA